AUGACUGGACUCGGUAAGAAACAUAUGACUGGACUCGGUAAGAAACAUAUGACUGGACUCGAACCCCCGAUAUUCACCAAGAACGGUCGGAACACCCUGGAUUCCCGGAAGAUGUCAACAACCAGGCAAAUCUACCGGACGCCCUUCCCCUCACAGAGAAAAAAGCCCCCUGCUCACUACGCAUUCCAUUAUGACGAGGAUUUGAAGGGCUGGCGAGAGAGAGACAAGCCCACGGCAACAACUCGAUGGAAUAAAGCCAAGGGUGCUGUCAGGGUCGGUAACUACUUUAUUGGUAUCCGGAAGAAGCCCGACACAGUUCUCAACAUUGAUGUGAAGAAGCUGGUCAACGCCACGAAACUACAGCGAGAGCAGCAGUUGACGGACCGCAGCAUGGGCGACGGAAUGGAGCCGGAAACCAUCGUGCGAACUCUUACAGAACCAUCAAUUAUCCACAAGCCAUUCCAGACAGAGGCUAAAAAGUCAGAGGGCUUCUGGAGUUGCCCGGCACCCAUAAAAGUCACAAAUGAGAGAGGUAAGUCUUUCGAGUGGGCCCGGCCUAAGACUGAGCGAAAGAAGCUUGUUGAGUCUGCCAGCAAAUACCAGGCCAUUUACCUACAGGGCCUGUUGAAGGAGAAGGACAGGGAAAUUCGCCUCAUCACCAACCAGCUGAUCAAGUCGAACGCUGAGAAUGUCUCUCUACUUCGGGAACUUGAAGGGUACCGUGGAAAGAACUACGACGAGCUCUACCAGGAAAACCUCGUGCUAAAGGAACAGAUUGCACGUGCGUGUCGCGAGAACGUCUCUUUGGCCGGGAGCCGCCGGAAGGAACACAACCGCGUGCUGCGUAAAUUUGAACGUGCCAGGACAGCAACAUGA